AGAAAAGAAAAUUAUUGGAAGCAAAGAGAGUCGUGCUGUGCUUGCCCACGCCAACAACUCCUCUGUUCUUUCUACCAACAGCAACGACACCACCACCUCUCUCUCUCUCUCUCUCUCUCUAUAUUCUCGCUCAGAUCUACCUUGGAUUCUGAUCUUCAUCUUCGCCUGAUCCGCCGAUUGAUUUCACUGCAACAUGUCAGCAACCAAGACGGCUCGAUCGCGGGCGGCGCCGGCGAAGGAAAACGGCGCCGCCAAAGUCGAGGAAGGUUUGAACUUGUUCAAGUCGGACAAAUUCGAUGCCGAUGUCUAUGUCAAGUCUAAGUGCUCUCUCAAUGAAAAGGAAAUAAAGCAAUUAUGUUCGUAUCUUCUGGAUUUGAAGAAAGCUUCUGCUGAAGAAAUGCGUAGAAGUGUAUACGCUAAUUAUGCGGCCUUCAUUCGAACAUCAAAAGAGAUAUCAGAUUUAGAGGGGGAGCUUUCGUCCAUCAGAAACCUGUUAUCUACUCAAGCUACUUUAAUUCAUGGUUUAGCUGAGGGAGUUCACAUUGAUUCCUUAUCUGUCAAAGUUUCUGAUUCAAAUGGUGAUUUGUCAAAUCUUGAAAAUAGAGGAUCUUCUGACAUAGAAAAAUGGUCAGUAGAAUUCCCUGAUCUCCUUGACGUAUUGUUAGCUGAGAGGAGAGUCGAUGAAGCUCUUGCAGCUCUUGAUGAAGGAGAAAGAUUGGUUGCUGAAGCAAAGCAAAAUCAAACUUUGGACCCUGCUGUGAUUCAGUCUUUACAGAGUGUACAGAAUGCUAUCAUUGAACGCAGGCAAAGGUUAGCUGAUCAGCUUGCUGAAGCUGCUUGCCAACCUUCCACUCGUGGUGCUGAACUUCGUGCAGCCAUAUCAGCUCUUAAAAAGCUUGGUGAUGGCCCUCGUGCUCAUAGUUUACUACUCAAUGCACAUUACCAGAGAUAUCAGUAUAACAUGCAAAGCCUUCGUCCAUCAAACACCUCAUAUGGAGGAGCAUAUACUGCUGCCCUCUCACAGUUGGUAUUCUCCGCUAUUGCUCAAGCUGCUAGUGAUUCGUUGGCUAUUUUUGGUAAGGAGCGUGCUUAUACCUCUGAGCUUGUGAUGUGGGCUACAAAACAGACAGAAGCUUUUGCUCUUCUUGUAAAAAGACAUGCCUUAGCUUCUUCGGCGGCUGCUGGUGGAUUAAGAGCUGCCGCAGAGUGUGUUCAAAUAGCUUUAGGUCAUUGUUCUCUGUUGGAGGCUCGUGGCUUGGCUCUUUGUCCAGUGCUCUUAAAACUCUUUAGGCCUAGUGUUGAACAAGCAUUAGAUGCUAAUUUAAGACGAAUUGAGGAGAGCACUGCUGCUUUGGCAGCUGCUGAUGAUUGGGUGCUCACCUUGCAUCCAACAGGUACGCGUCAAUCUGGAAGGUCUUCCACUGGAUCCCUUGGUAGUGCAGUGCAACAUAAGCUUACUAGUAGUGCUCAUCGGUUCAAUUUGAUGGUCCAGGAUUUCUUUGAGGAUGUAGGACCACUUUUAAGUAUGCAGUUGGGAGGUCAAACGUUGGAAGGCCUAUUCCAUGUAUUUAACUCGUAUGUGAGCAUGCUUAUUAAGGCAUUACCUGGAUCAAUGGAAGAAGAAGCAAAUUUUGAAGGUUCAGGAAAUAAAAUUGUGCGAAUGGCUGAAACUGAAGAUCAGCAGAUUGCGUUAUAUGCCAAUGCAUCAGUACUAGCAGAUGAACUAUUACCACGUGCAGCCAUGAAACUCUCCCCUCUGCAUCAAGCAAAUUACAGGGAUGACACUCAUAGAAGAACUUCAGACAGGCAAAAUCGUCACCCUGAGCAACGAGAAUGGAAGAGGCGGCUUGUGAACUCAGUGGAUAGAUUAAAAGAUACUUUCUGUCGACAGCAUGCUCUAGAUCUCAUUUUUACCGAAGAUGGUGAUAGCCAUCUCAGUGCUGACAUGUAUAUAAACAUGGAUGGAAAUGUGGAUGAAUUGGAAUGGUUUCCAUCUCCAAUAUUCCAGGAACUUUAUGUAAAACUAAACAGGAUGGCUAGUAUAGCAGCAGAUAUGUUUGUAGGAAGGGAAAGAUUUGCAACGCUACUAUUGAUGAGACUGACAGACACUGUCAUCUUAUGGCUUUCAAAUGACCAAAGCUUUUGGGAUGAUAUUGAGGAAGGGCCAAGGCCUUUAGGACCUCUUGGUCUUCAACAAUUCUGUCUCGAUAUGAAGUUUGUCAUAUGCUUUGCUUCUCAAGGUCGCUACUUGUCGCGGAAUUUGCAUAGAGUUGUCAAUGAGAUCAUAUCUAAAGCCAUUGCAGCAUUUGCUGCUACAGGCAUGGACCCCUAUAGUGUGCUGCCAGAAGAUGAUUGGUUUAAUGACAUUUGCCAAGAAGCAAUGGAAAGGUUAAGUGGAAAGCCCAAGGAGCUUAACAGCCCAACUGCCUCUGUCUCAGCACAGUCGAUUUCAUCCGUAAGAUCCCAUGGGAGUUCCUAAUUCAUGUAUAUUUCUCUGUAUAUUAGACAGCCGACAGUCUGCCAUUGAUUUGCAAGUGAGUCAUUGUAUUCAUAUUAGGACACCUUUUUCUUUUUUCCUUUUCUUAGGGUUCAAAUUUCUUUCUUUUUUUUCCACACUUCUCAAAUUUUAAAGCAUCA